UCAGUUCUCAGUGAGCGACGGUGAAGGCAAAAGUAAUUUGAAAGCGUCGCGCGCGCAGCAAACAAAUUUAUAAUAUUCAAUGAAGAGGGGGAAUUAAAUCACAAAAAAAGUUAAAUAAGUUAAUAACAUGACACACUAGCUAUUAGCGCCGUACGCAAUCUAAAUGGCUGCGCUUUUAGUUUUGUUUUAUUAAAAAAAUAAUAAGAUAUUCGAAUAAGCAAAACAAAUCAAAUUUGUGUUACGCAGUGCGGGCAUGUCUUGAAAAACCGUUAAAAGUCACUAUUUACUGCUGCUCAGCCAAAAUGCCAUAAACAAUAAGCGUCUGGGAGUUGAGAGCUGAUAAGAUCAACAAAAGCGGCAAGCAAACGACACUUCAAACCAAAAACAAGCUAAAACUCGCAUCAUGACUGGGCAAGUGUGGAGUUUACGGUGCGGGACGCUCUUCAUAAUGCUUAUGAUUACUCUAACUUUGGCCUCGCCAGCGCCCAGUCGCCAGUAUAGCUGCAUGAGCUACAAGGAGAACGACAAUUUACAGCACGACGACGACUAUGAGCAGGAGAGCAGCGAAGGCAUCAGUGUGGAGCAGCAGCAGCAGUACCUGGAGGCAGGCGCCCUGCCCACUGAGCCACACAAGCGCAGCUGCACCGAGGGCUACACGUUCUGCUUCACGCUGUGGAAUCAGACCUCGAAUGGCACGCGUUUCGUUAAGCAGGGCUGCUGGAAGGACAAUACAGAUCGCAAUUCAAUUUGCAGCCACUCGAAGUGCACCAGCUCGGCACCCACAUCCCGCAACAACAGCCUCUACUACUGCUGCUGCUCCGGCGAGCUGUGCAACGCCCAAGUGGCUAUCGUGGAGCCGGCACCGCAAGAGCUGGCGAACAAUGUGCAGCUGGUGCUGUACAAUCGAGCCACGUCGCAGCAGCAAAGCUCCUUUAGAGCCACCACGCUGCUCACCUGUGUGGGUCUGCUGACAGUCCUCGUAAUCGGCAUCCUGUUGGCCGUUCAAUAUUGUCGCGGGGUCAAGGAGAAUAGCGAGCCUGAGGAAUCGCCGCUGGCGCCAUCCGGACCCGGCUACAGCUCCAAUCUGCGGAAUGUCGACAACAUGAACCUGAUCGGCAUGCUGGGCAGUGGCAAAUACGGCACUGUGAUGAAGGGCAUGCUGCACGACCAGGAAGUGGCCGUCAAGAUCUACCCCGAGGCGCACCACCAGUAUUACGUGAAUGAGAGGAACAUUUACGCACUGCCACUGAUGGACUGUCCGGCACUGCUCAGCUACUUUGGCUACGACGAGCGCCGCACCAUGGAUGGCCGCAUGGAGUACCAGCUGGUGUUAUCGCUCGCACCACUGGGCUGCCUUCAGGAUUGGCUGAUUGCCAACAGCACGGACUUUGCCCAGUGCUGCGGCAUGCUGCGCUCCAUUACGCGCGGCCUGUCCCACUUGCACACCGAGCUGCGAUUGGGCGAGCUGCACAAGCCCUGCGUGGCCCACCGCGAUCUCAACUCGCGCAACAUUCUGGUGCAGGCGGAUCUCAGCUGCUGCAUAGCGGACUUCGGAUUUGCACUGAAGGUGUUCGGCUCGAAGUACGAGUACAAGGGCGAGGUGGCCAUGGCCGAGACCAAGAGCAUCAAUGAGGUGGGCACACUGCGCUAUAUGGCCCCGGAGCUGCUCGAGGGUGCCGUUAACUUGCGAGACUGUGAGACAUCGCUCAAGCAAAUGGACGUUUACGCCCUGGGCCUGGUGCUGUGGGAGGUGGCAACACGUUGCUCGGACUUCUAUGCUCCCGGGCAGGUGACGCCGCCCUACAAGGCGCCCUAUGAGCAGGAAGUGGGUCCACAUCCCACUUUCGACCAGAUGCAAGCUCUAGUGGUGCGGCACAAGGCACGCCCACUGUUCCCGGCGGGCUGGGGCGGUGGUGCUGCUGCCAAGCUAGUGCGCGAUACCUGCGAGGAUUGCUGGGAUCACGAUGCAGACGCCAGGCUGACAUCGCUUUGCGCCGAGGAGCGCAUGCAGGAGAUGUCCAGCUUGCGUCCACGGCUCCAAACGCAGCCGGCCAGUCCGCUGCUUAACACCAACAACUUGGCCUCUCCCACGGCGACGCUCGUUAGCACAAUCAGCAACACGACAACGACAACGACUGCGGCUGCAGUGCAUCAAGUCCAAUCGCAGCUCUCGUCGGCCGAUGGUGGACUUCUGCAGCCGCCGCCUAAUCAGCAAUUCCCCACAGAGAAGAAUCACCUGAGCUACGCACAGCCUCAGUUGCAGCCGCACCUGCAGGGGCGCAAUCCUUGCCAGGAGCGCAACCUGGCGCCUCAGUCACUGCGGACGCCACCUGUGCUCGUGGAGCGCAGCAAGAAGCACAGCUUUCAGCCCCAGCAGGAGCAGAGCCUGUCCUGCCUGGAGCACGACGUGAGCGUGGAAGAGCUCAUUGCCAGCCGCCAGCAGAAGCAGAACUCAAGUCUGGGCCAGGGCUUUCCCAAGCAGCAAAACACAGACCAGAAGCUACGUGGAUGGCAUGGUGUGCGCGCCCUGAUCCACAAGAAACUGUUUCGCAAGGAGCACGCCGAGGAGCUCUGCAGGCAGCUGCAGCUGGGCGAGGAGAAGUCGAAUCUCGUGGCGGCUCUGAAGAGCAUGGACAAUGCACAAUUGGCCAGUGGUCUGAGGCGACCCAACAAUCUGGACUUGAGUCCUCUGCAGCCCUUGGAUAGAGCUAAUCUGCUGCAGCUUCGCAGUGCGGAGCAGCGUACCGGCACGCCCGCUCAUAUUGUGCCCCGUUCGCUGUCCAGCAGCCUCAUCAAGCACAUUAACUGCAAUGGGAACAGCAGCCAGAACCCGAAUCAGAACCACAACCAAAACCACAACAACAACAACGAAAACGAGCUGCACAUGCUGUCCGGCUCCCGGGCUCCAAAACGACGUCCCGGACACCUGCGCACAAACUCGCUCCUGGUGACCAGCAACAGCGGCAACCUGCCGACGCCAACAGAGCAGCAAAUGCGCCGACAGCACAGCCUGGAGGUCUUCCGCGAGGUAUUCAGUGGGCGUGGCAGCAGUGAGCGACUGCGCGAUCCCAGCGAGCGGGUCAAAACGCCCGGAGAUGUGCCGCCCUCCGUGCGGAAGGCGCGCGCCUCGAAGACCCUGAGUCUAUACGAUGAUCGCAUGAUGGACUCGUCGCUGUUAAAUAUACUCUAGCAUGAGGAGGUUCUGCUGCUGGAGCUUUAAGACUAUCAUCGGCAGCAGAACUCCAUAUAGUAGUGAACUCAUAUCUUAAGUUUCAUCAAGCACACAUAUUCAGCGAUAGCCAUACGGAGAGCUUACGGCUCUCGACCUGAUACUUAAAUCCGAUAUUGAGUAAAACCCACACAGAUAUAUCUAACAUA